AUGGCUAACUCAAAAUCAUCCCCGGCGUUGAAAGAUGAGUUAGAUAUAGUAAUUCCCACCAUCAGAAACCUCGAUUUCCUCGAGAUGUGGAGGCCAUUUUUCCAGCCAUACCAUCUAAUCAUAGUCCAAGACGGAGAUCCCUCAAAAAUCAUCAAUGUCCCAGAAGGUUUUGAUUAUGAACUCUACAAUAGAAAUGAUAUUAACAAAAUUCUGGGCCCAAAGGCUUCUUGCAUUUCAUUCAAGGAUUCUGCUUGCCGUUGCUUUGGGUACAUGGUCUCCAAGAAGAAGUACAUCUUCACUAUUGAUGAUGAUUGCUUUGUUGCUAAAGAUCCAACAGGCAAGGAAAUUAAUGCACUCGAGCAGCACAUUAAAAACCUUCUCAGCCCUUCGACCCCAUUUUUCUUCAAUACCCUUUAUGAUCCCUACAGAGAAGGUGCAGAUUUUGUCCGUGGAUACCCAUUUAGUCUUCGUGAAGGUGCACCGACAGCAGUGUCACAUGGACUCUGGCUUAACAUCCCAGAUUACGAUGCACCAACCCAGCUUGUCAAGCCUCGUGAGAGGAACACGAGGUAUGUUGAUGCGGUUAUGACUAUUCCAAAGGGAACCCUAUUCCCAAUGUGUGGCAUGAACCUGGCUUUCGAUCGGGAGCUAAUUGGCCCAGCCAUGUACUUCGGGCUCAUGGGUGAUGGCCAGCCAAUUGGCCGCUACGAUGACAUGUGGGCUGGCUGGUGCACCAAGGUGAUCUGUGACCACUUGGGAUUAGGAAUAAAGACAGGCCUGCCAUACAUUUGGCACAGUAAAGCCAGCAAUCCAUUUGUGAAUCUUAAGAAGGAAUAUAAAGGUAUUUACUGGCAAGAAGAACUGAUUCCAUUUUUCCAAUCUGCAACCCUUUCCAAGGAUGCCAACACUGUUCAGAAAUGUUACCUUGAACUCUCCAAACAAGUCAAGGCAAAACUUGGCAAGGUUGACGAUUACUUUAACAAGCUUGCCGAUGCUAUGGUGACCUGGAUCGAAGCUUGGGACGAGCUCAACCCGUCGACUGGAGCCUCGACCGGAGUACCCAAUGGCACUGCCAAAUAG